GCCCACUCUCCUGAUCUCUGAUUGGCCAGAUCAAGUUUGCUUACUGUUCUGAUUGGUUGGUUGUCCUUGGUCGGUUGAAUUGUGGGAUUUCGUCCCGACGUCGAGCGGCACUUCGUCGCCGCUUCACCUCUGAGAACCUUUGGCCUUGUGGCUGGAGAGACCCAGGCUGUGUUCCUUCUAGAUAAGCGCCAUGAACAGAGGCAGCUUCUCCGAAAACUCCAGGGAAGAUAGGCAGAAAUUAGAGAAGGAAUCCAAGAAUUUCAAGAUUAUUUCCAAAUACUUCUCUAAGGAAGAGUGGGCACGUCUGGGAUACUCGGAGAAAAUCAGCUAUGUGUAUAUGAAGAGAAACUAUGAAACCAUGACUCGUCUAGGUCUCAAGGGUACUCUACCAGCUUUCAUGCAUCCUAAAAAGGGAGCCACAGAAUCCAAGCAUUGUGAUUCUAAAAUUAAGAACCCCAAGGAAAAGGAUGAAUCUCCUCAAGGGACUUCCAACAUGCAAUUGAGAAAACGCCAGAAGGUGGAGUCCAAGAAGCCUGUAAAGGAAAAAAAACGUUCGGAGUUAGAACCAGGAACAUCAGGCCCAGAGCAGGCUCAGAGACAGAUGUGCCCCUGGGACAAAGCAAGUACCUCUUCUCAGCAGAGUGAGAAAACAUCAGGAUCCAAGAGAAAGAAGGUUAAUGUUUGGGCCCACAGACUGCGAGAAAGAAAACCAGUGGCCUAUGAAGAGAUCAGUGAUCCCGAGGAAGAUGACUAACUCUCCUCAGAGAUGUGACAAGUGCCCAUGAUAAGAAGCAGAACUUGGUGGCUAUUCGUGAACAUGGGCAUGGCUUUGAAUUCCUAGCAUGUGAAAGAAGGAGUUCACAACAGUUAAACAGGAUUUUUCUUACUGUGUGCCAACCGUUGUUAGUUAUUAAAGUUGUGUUAAUGAGCAAGA